ACAGUUAAGGAGCUCAUGCGUCUCCUUGCUGUUGAGCAGGACACAACCCGUGAUUUACAGCAGGAGCUCUCCCUUGUCACCUCUCAGCUCGCCUUUGAACAGGACCGUGCGGAUACUGCCGAGCGUAAACUCAAAGACGUCGUCACGCGCCUCAAAGAUGCCAACGAUGUUCGGUUGGUUGCCCAAAGUGACGUCGCGAGGUUGACAGAGGAACUGCGGUUAUACAAAGUGACGUUUGAGGAGGCGCAGAAGGAAAUAUUCAAGGCUCAAAAUGUCUUGCAACAGGUAGAGGAUCAGAGGAGAGAGGCGGAAGAAGAGGCGACCAAGUUGCGGAGGAAAGUUAGGAAGAUGAACGAAGAGAAGGUGAUUGAGCUGGCUAGAGAACAAGGGAGAAAGCAGGGGUUGCGAGAAGGCAUCGAGAUGGGCAAGGACAUAGGUUACCUCAAUGGAAGAAACAAGGGAUACGUCACCGGACGUGCGACUGCUGAUCGU